CCUGGUUCCCUCGCUCGUCGUCUCACUCACAGGCGCGCAUACCCGGCGCCGCGCCCCCAGCCGUGCGCACACGGCGCGUGUACCGCUCGCCAAACACGCUCCCUCUGCGUCGGGCGCGUGGACCCGUCUCGAGUCGCCUGGCCGUCGCUGCUCAGCGCUGAAGCAGCUGGCGCGUCGUCCGCUCCGUCUCUCUGCGCCACCUCCGAGCUUGGCCCUUCACCAUGAAUCCCUUCCACCAGGGCGGGCCGCCGCGCCAGCAGCAGCCGCUGCCGCAGCCGCCGCAACAGCAGCAGCAGCAGCAGCAGCAGCCGGGCGCACAGCAGCGCAGCUCGCUGCCGCCGCUCGUCAUGCCCGGCCGCGGCCAGCCGGCACAGGGCCCGCGCGGCAUGUCGUCGCCGCCGGCGCAGGGCUAUGCCUCGCCGCCGCAGCCGUACGACGACCGCAUCGGCGGCAGCUUCUCCCACUACGCGCCGCGCGGCCCCGGCAUCGCCUCGCCGCCCAUGUCGCCGCCUGGUCAGCAGCGCCCCGGCAUGGGCCCGGCCACCGUCUCCUUCCAGGAGCAGAACCGCCCGUUGCGGCAGCAGCCGCAGCGCUCGGGUCCGUCGCGCGAGUCUAUCAAGAAGGCCGACAUGGGCCCGCGGCGAGGCAGCGCGGCGACGGGCGUGUCCGAGAUGCCCGAGCUGAGCCGCAGCAUCAGCGGCGGCAUCGGCAACGCCACGGGCAGCCACUCGCUUGACCCCGAGAUCGGCUUUUCCGGCGCCAACGCCAACUUCCGCCGCAAGAAGUCGCUCGUGCGCCCCGACCGCGAGCGCAUGGACCCGAGCCAUCGCCAGUGGUACUACCGCAACCACGCCGCGCAGAUGGACGCCGUCGAUGCGCAGGGCCGCGCGCCCGGCUUCAGCUACAUGCCCUCGACGACGGGCCACCUGCCGCAGCACGGCGCGGCGCUGCCCGGCUCGGGCAUGGCCAACAUGCAGGGCCCGGGCGGCGGCCUGAGUGGCCUCGGCAUGGCGCCGAUGCCGCAGGGAGCGCUUGGCGGCCCGCCGCACAAGGGCAUGCCGGGCCUGCCGCAGAACAUGCCGCCCGGCGGUCUGGGCCGGCCUGCGCCCGCCACUGGCCUGCGCCGCGGCAAGUCGAUCCUCGGACGCGAGGAGGACCAGGUGGAGACGGGCAUCAAUCUGCUCAAGCGCGGUGUCAGCCUGCGCCGCAGCCGCUCUUCGCAGCGCAAGGACGGCGUGCCGCCGCCAACAGCGUUCCCCGACGGCUCGCGCCGCUCGCACAUCGCGCCCGGGCCCGUCGGCCCGUGGAUGAUCUACUGCUACGUGCUGACCAUCUGCUGCCCGGGCCCGUUCCUCUCCGUCUUUGGCAUCAAGACGCCCGAGCAGCAGCGCGCAUGGCGCGAAAAGAUCGGCAUCAUCAGCAUCAUCAUUGCGGCGAUGAGCUUCGUGGGCCUCCUCACCUUUGGCUUCACGCAGGCCGUGUGCAACACCAGCGCGACGCGCUUCCAGGCCGGCGACAUCGACUCGGGCUCGAGCGUCGCGCACGGCUACGACUACGACUUCAACAACUUCUUCCACCCGCAGGUCUCACCGUUCGACGCCAACGGUCCGUUCAACCGCUCGAAUCCCGCGUACUCGGAGCCGUGGUCGACCGGCGGGCGCGACGUCAGCAUGCUCUUCCAGCAGGUCGGCGGCCAGUGCACGCAGUAUCUCACCAACACCAACGGCGGCGGCCAGCCCGCGUCGUACUUUCCGUGCGCCGUGUACAACCAGGACGCCACCGUGGCGGCGACCAACGACACGUGGUGCCAUUCGCAGCAGGUCUCGUCGCGCUUCCUGCGCCCCGAGAACGGCAUGCGCAAGGGGCAGGUCUCGUACUCGUGGGACCAGGUGGCGGCGCCGCGCGCCAACCUCGUCGUCUGGAAGGGCGCCGUGCUGGACCUGAGCCGUCUGGCGCGCCUCAACACGGGCAUCAACAAGCCGGCGCUCUUCGACCAGCUGCGCACGCGCAACGCCACGUUUGCCGGCCGCGACGUGACGGCACAGAUCAUGCGCACGGAGCAGGACGGCGUGUUUGACUGCAUCGAGCAGCUGACGCGCGUUGGCUUCGUCGACUCGAAGAGCAUCGGCUGUGUCGCCGCCGACGUCGAGCUGUACGUCUCGCUCGUGUUCAUCAUCGGCGUCGUGUCGAUCAAGUUCCUCAUGGCCGUCAUCUUCGGCUGGUUCCUGAGCUGGCGCCUCGGCAACUACAGCAACGAGACGUACGAGGAGCGCAUGAAGCGCGCCGCCGAGAUCGAAAAGUGGUCCAACGACAUCUACCGCCCCGCACCGGCGGCCUACCGGCCCAACGUCAAGAAGCACCGCUCGUUCCUGCCCAAGACGAGUCGCUUCUCAACUGGCAACGCACUCGCACUCGGCGGCCCGCCGCCGAAGCCCGGCGCGCGCACAAUCAUGAGCGAGAAGGGCGCCUUUUCCAGUUCGGCGCCCGGCAGCGGCAACGGCAGCGUGGCCGGCUCGCGCAGCCCUGCGCUGCGCGCCGGCCGCAUCGGCGGCAUCGGCUCGCCCAGGAGCGGCAGCCCGCCGGGCUCGCCGUCGCUGCAUGGCGCGCGCAGCUCGGCCUCGCUCGUGCAGGGCGGCGUGGGCCACUUCCAGGGCUCGUACGGCCACGGCGGCUCGCGCCGCUCAAGCUUCUCGAACCCCGACUCGUCGCCGGGCCUCGGCACGAGCAGCACGAUGGGCGCAUGUCCCUUCCCGCUGCUCAACGUCGUGCCGCAGCCGCCGGCCGACUACCAGCCGUUCAAUUUCCCGCUGGCGCACUCCAUCUGCCUCGUGACCGCGUACAGCGAGUCGUUUGAGGGCCUGCGCACCACGCUCGACUCGCUGGCGACGACCGACUACCCGAACAGCCACAAGCUGCUGCUCGUCGUCGCCGACGGCAUCGUGCGCGGCGCCGGCUCGGACAUUUCGACGCCCGACAUUGUGCUGAGCAUGAUGAAGGACUUUGUCGUCGCGCCCGAGGAGGUCGAGGGCAACUCGUACGUCGCCAUUGCCGACGGGCACAAGCGGCACAACAUGGCGAAGGUGUACGCGGGCUUCUACGAGUACGACGACGAGACCGUCGAGCGCAGCAAGCAGCAGCGCGUGCCCAUGGUGCUCGUCGCCAAGUGCGGCUCGCCGCUCGAGGCCGACUCGGCCAAGCCGGGCAACCGCGGCAAGCGCGACUCGCAGGUCAUGCUCAUGGCCUUCAUGCAGAAGGUCAUGUUCGACGAGCGCAUGACGACGUUCGACUACGAGUUCUUCAACUCCAUCUGGCGCGUCACGGGCGUCAGCCCGGACCACUACGAGAUCGUGCUCAUGGUCGACGCCGACACCAAGGUGUUCCCCGACAGCCUCAGCCGCAUGGUCGCGUGCAUGGUCGAGGACCCCGAGAUCAUGGGCCUGUGCGGCGAGACGAAGAUCGCGAACAAGACGGAGACGUGGGUGACGAUGAUCCAGGUCUUUGAGUACUACAUCUCGCACCACUCCACGAAGGCCUUCGAGGCGUGCUUCGGCGGCGUCACCUGCCUGCCGGGAUGCUUCAGCGCGUACCGCAUCAAGGCGCCCAAGGGCCCCAACGGCUACUGGGUGCCGAUCCUGGCGAACCCGGACAUCGUUGAGCACUACUCGGAGAACGUCGUCGACACGCUGCACAAGAAGAACCUGCUGCUUCUCGGCGAGGACCGCUACCUGACCACGCUCAUGCUCAAGACGUUCCCGAAGCGCAAGAUGAUGUUCGUCCCACAGGCCGUGUGCAAGACCAUCGUGCCCGACACGUUCCGCGUGCUGCUCUCGCAGCGCAGACGCUGGAUCAACUCGACGGUGCACAACCUGGCCGAGCUGGUGCUCGUCAACGAUCUCUGCGGCACGUUCUGCUUCUCGAUGCGCUUCGUCGUCUUCAUGGAGCUGGCCGGCACGCUGGUGCUGCCGGCCGCCAUCGCGUUCACCUUCUACGUCGUGGCGCAGGCCAUCAUCGCGUCCAUCGACCCGAGCAAGGGCCCCGUGCCCGUCAUCCCGCUCAUCCUGCUCGGUGUGAUUCUCGGUCUGCCCGGCCUGCUCAUCGUCGUCACGUCGCGCAAGUUCGUCUACGUUGGCUGGAUGGGCAUCUACCUGCUCAGCCUACCCAUCUGGAACUUCGUCUUCCCCUCGUACGCCUUCUGGCACAUGGACGACUUCUCCUGGGGCGCCACGCGCAUCGUGCAGGGCGACAAGGGCGGCGACCACAGCAACGCCGAGGGCAAGUUCGACGCCUCGCACAUCACCAUGAAGCGCUGGGGCGAGUUCGAGCGCGAGCGCCGCUGGAAGUCGGGCACGCACUCGCGCGACAGCACCUUUGACGUCAUCCACCGCUCCGGCUCGCCCGAGCGCUCGGGCAGCACACGCUACAGCGUCGUCUCGUCGGACACGUAUCACUCGAAUGCCAACGUGCAGGACGCGGCCAACAAUCGCCUGCUCGGCAAUGCUCCGGGCGCGUACGAGUCGGACGCGGGCCACAGCAAGACUGGCUCGUCGUCGGGCGGCGCACGCGCUCGCCUCGACGCCGUGCCGCUGCUCGAGCUGCCUGCGCCGCUGGGUCCCGACGCGGCGAACAAGGCACGCGGCCUGCCCGCCAGCGGCACGCCCGGCUCCAUCACCGUCGCACGGCCGCGCGAGCCGUCGCCUGCCGCGUCCAAUCAGUCGCACAGCCACUCGUCGUACGCUUCGCGCCCGCCGUACGAGGCGUACCCGUCUCCCUCAGCCUACCACGACGAUGAGGCUCGGCCGAUGAUGGCCUCGGCCACAAGCUCGCCCGACCCCGAGGCAUCGCGGCCAGGCAUGCAGCACAUGAUGAUGGGCGGCAGCGGCGCCACGCUGGCCGCCGACCUGCAGCAGCAGAUCCGCCACGGCAGCGUCUCGAGCGAGCAGCAGUACCCGGGCGUCAGCGAGGCGCAGUUCUCGCCCGGCUUCAGCGCCGAGCCGGAAGAGGACACGCCCGUCGCGCGCGGCCCGCCCGUCGUCAGCUCUCAGCGGCCUCGCGAGCCGCAGGGCCGGCUCUCGCGCGGCUUCAGCCUCGUCGACGACGGACCCGUGGCGUCGUCGCAGGGCGUGCGCCAGGUGACGCGCGGCGCCCGCCGCCAGUCGACGGCGGGCAACCAUGGCCCGACGUCGCCCGGCAGCGUCAGCGGCUCCUCGGCGGCCCACGGCGGCGGCCGCGAGCGCUACUCUCGGCCCCAGUAAUCGCCCUUCCGACGUGAUCAGCUCGAGCUGAGCAUAUAAUGUCUGCACUUCCUUGCCCCUUCCUUCACACCCAAGCAACCCCUAUCUGUCUACCCCUCCUCGCACGCCCGCUUCCCGACCGCACUCUUAACGACGUUCCCACGGCGCUUGCUCGCCCUUUCCCGGCUCUCCCUUUGCUGGCUGAACAGCGACCGAGCUGCAGCACACGUAGGCAAUCUAGACAUGCCCCUCUCUCGCCGCGCAGACGCUGUGCGUGCCUCCGAGGCCAUCCACUGGCCCGUCCUAUCACCUCACACUCCACACACGGUCCCUGCUCUCGCGCUGCGCCCUCUCAAUCACACGUCCAUUCGCAUCC